GCUGCUCGGUGGUCUUUAAGCUGUAACUGCGCUGCGCUUCUCUUCACUUCGGCUCAGCAGCUCGCGCUGGACGUUCCUGAAGCUCGUGCGUUCUCAACCAGCGAUGCUCCUGCGCUCUGAGCCGCGCGGCCAUGGCCGCAUGCGCACGGAGUAGCUGCGUCCUGCGCGCGCUCGCGGCGCUCCUGCUCCUGCUUCUGCUCGUGAGCGCAGCGGCAGGGGGAGACGCGCUCGCGCUCGGCGGCGGCGGAAACCGGAGACACGCGCGCAGCUAUGAACACCUACAGGGAGACACGCGCCACAGGAAACUGUUCAACUACCAGAGAAUGUUCCUCAGGAUAGACCCCAACGGCAGAGUCAACGGCACGCGCAGCAGAGACGACCCCCACAGUAUUCUGGAGAUCACGUCUGUGGAUGUGGGGGUGGUGGCCAUUCGGGGGCUCAGAAGUAAUUACUAUCUUGCCAUCAGCAAGAAAGGGGAAGUGUAUGGAUCGAGGGAAUACGGAGUGAACUGCAGGCUGAAGGAGCGCAUUGAAGAGAACGGCUACAACACCUACUCGUCGGCGCAGUGGAGGAACCGCCGGAGGUCCAUGUUCGUGGGGUUGAACGCUAACGGCCGGCCGCUGAAGGGCAGGAAAACGCGGCGGAAGAACACGGCCACACACUUCCUCCCCAUCAUGGUCUGAGCGGGCACUCCCACACCCAAAGGCCCGAUAGGACGGCACGCAGCUCUGAUAAAGCCGAGGCGGGCGGCCGCAGCUGGACGCUGGACCCACCCGAGACCGCUUCUGUUUGUGUGCUUGUGUGCGUUUGUUGUUCUUCUCUUGGACAUAACUGCACAUUAUAACCCGGACUGGUGGGCAGGAGCGGCGAUAGUGCAGAGAUACAGUUUAAAAUCAAAUGCCCCCCCCCAUCCCCCUAAAACACAGUUGGUGUCAGAAGUUAGCGCUGGAGCUACACGGCUAAUGUAGCUAACAAUUAGCGGAAACCGUAGCGACUGACCUGCUGCUUAAUUGACUAUGAGUACGUUUCUCAGCUCAUAAACAGGUGAAACAGCUGCUUUAACAGUCUCAAUAGUGAGAAGCACUGUAUAAAUAAAGCUGAACGGAAAGUGACUCUAAAGCGAGGCUGAAGUUCGUCGUGGUCUGGGCUCCCGUUACUUGUUAGCCAUGUUAGCCUCGAAGCUCCAGAGCAAAGCAGAUGCAGGCUUGGCUGACUGACUACGUUUGGGGUAAACGGGUUCAACUCUGUACAUCCGAUUUCCAGCUAUCGGGUUAACGAACUGUGAAACCUGUAAUUGCAAGGCAUUGUUUACGUGUGAAAAGAUGGCGUUAAUGGAAGGGAUAAAGGAUGGACGGGAAUCUCUGGAGGACGCUGUGGACUCUGAGUGUUUCUCCGAGGGCUGCUUCCAGACCAGCCCCAGAUAUGAAUUGAUGUUUGACUGAGAUAUUCAGAAAAGAGAAACUGGAUCCUGGAAUCAAAGCACGAAACUGGAGCAAUCGACUGGAUCCUGGAUCCCAAAAUCAGAGCAUGGAACUGGAUCUCGGUAUUAGAACUGGAUCCUGAAAUCAGAGCAUGGAACCGGAUCCCUUUACAACAUGAACUGGAUCCAGAAUGUGGAUCUAAAUCCCUUUUUUUUUUACUCGAUCCUGGAUUCGAAGGUUGGAAAGGGAACCUAAAAGCUGGACAGUGGAAUGUGGACUGUGGUUCUGGGGUCAGCUGAAGACCCAUGAGGGUCAGCGGUGGCGUUUGUAAACAUUGCUCUUUUCUGCUUCCAGAGAAUUUAUUUAUUUGUAUCCUAUUUAAAUGCAAAAUAACUAAUGAAGUGUAUGAAAUGAAAUGAGCAGCUUUUCUGGACUUUAUAUGAAUAAAUGCUAUUUUUCUCACUCUU